CAAAACAAACUAGGGAUGUCCAAUGAUGAAAGUGCUUUGAUUAAAGUGAAAGUGAAACAAUUUAACUGUAAAAUUGUAAUUAACAGAGAAUCAGCAAAGAUUGUAGAGCUUGUAAUAAUAGCGCUUCUCAAGUUUAUCUGCCAGUUCGAUUUGGACAUUCGGGUGAGCAACAUGGGGACAAUAAUUCUGGUUUUGAUGGCCACCAUGGCCGGAGUAGCACACUCCCAAUUUGGCGACUUCACCUUCCCGUCCUACACCAGGUCUGCCCUCGGCGACUCAGUUGACAUCGCGUCUAUGAAAUUCCUCAAGGAAACGUACAACUCCGCGGCAGACAAGAGCAUAGUGUCGUCUCCACUCGGUAUCCUGACACUUCUGGCGCUCUACUCGUCUGGAGCUGAGGGCGAGAACAGGGAUGAAAUCGUGCGCUACCUCGGAGCUGCAGACUAUAAACAGCUGGAAGCCUCGUACGAGUCCCUCAGCCAACGCUACGCGUCCAUGGACCGCAGCUACCUGACCGUGGCCAACAAGGUGUUCGUCUCGGACAAGUACACUCUGCGCGACCAGUUCAAGCUAGCCGCUUCAGCGUACCGCAGCGAUGUGGAGGCCAUCAACUUUGAGAACACGAAGCUGGCUGCAGAUGCUAUGAACCAAUGGUCCGCAAGUAAUACGAACGGAAAGAUCUCGUCGCCAGUUUCCGAAGACGACAUCGACCCACAGGCAGCGGCCGCUCUCUUGAACGUCAUCUUCUUCCAGGGUCACUGGCAUGUGCCAUUCAACGCGAGCGAGACCAAAGAGAAGGAGUUCCGCCUAGACAGCUCUAACUCCGUCAAGAAACCCAUGAUGCACCUCCUACAGUCACUCUUCUACUACGAAAGCCCGGAGUUAGGAGCUAAGAUGAUUGAACUGCCCUACAAAGAGUCCCAAUUCCGCAUGAUCGUAGUCCUACCCGACGACGUGAACGGCCUGCAAAGCGUGGUGGAGAAGGCCGCUCAGAGAGGUCUCCUGGAUGACGUGUACAAGAUGGGACCCGCGGGUGCUGAUAUAGACCUCGAUAUGCCCAAAUUCGAGAUCAAAUCCAAACUGAACCUCAAUGACCUUCUGCCCAAGGUGGGAGUGUCUCGUAUCUUCAGCGAGGCAGCGCCGGGCAUCAUCAAGGAGCAGGGCGUGGCCGUGUCGCGCGGCCUGCAGGAGGCGUUCGUCAAGGUCGACGAGGAGGGCGCCACCGCUGGAGCUUUCACUGGUUUCGUAGCGAUCCCCAUAUCGUUAAACUCCCGUCCACCGCCGCCCAUCCCCUUCAAAGUGGACCACCCCUUCCUGUUCGCCAUCCUGCAUAACGACAUCGUACUGUUCACCGGAACCUACGCGCACUAACGCGUAUUCACGACAAUACCUACGAAGAUCUACUUGUUUUCAUGAUGAUACUACGCGGAUUCACACGUUUUCAUGAUACUUACACGCAAUGACAUAUUUUCAUGAUGAUACUUACACGCAAUGACACGUUUUCAUGAAACUUACUCGCAAUGACACGUUUUCAUGAUGGUACUUACACGCAAUGACACGUUUUCAUGAUGAUACUUACACGCAAUGACACAUUUUCAUGAUGAUACUUACACGCAAUGACACGUUUUCAUGAUGAUACUUACACGCAAUGACACAUUUUCAUGAUGAUACUUACUCAUAAUGAUGAAUAAUGUUUGAAACACAAGUAUUUUUGUAUUUUGUAAUAUAAUAAAACUCAAAGCCUCUUCCAAAGCCGAAAA